UUUUUUUUUUUUUUGGGCCGCAAAAAGAUUUCAUUUUUAUUUGCACCGCUAGAAUGACGACAAACACGUCCCAGCGGCGGCGCUUGCUCUUAGCAGUCAUAGCGAGUGUGGCAGCUCUGGCAGUACUGCAGUGGUCGGGCAGCCUGACGCAGCUGUCAACCCGUGUGCUCGCUGGGGAGCAGCCGGUUCAAGGUGACACCGAGGACUAUUUCGCCAUCAUGAUGAAGUCUAGCGAUUCCCCAGCUGCAACCAGCGCGCCCAUGAGCAGUCGAGGGCAACAAGAGCCGAGCUCAACAUGGAUUCUGACUCCAGCGUCGAGCGCGGCGGUUGUUUUCGACAAUUCCGACGCGACCCAAGCUGAUUCCUCCACGUUAUCUGCCGAAUCCCUUCAUUCGACAACACCAUUCAUCUCCGAGUCCGAGCCCAGUCUUGACAAUGUGCAGCCUGCCUCGUCCAGCCCCUUGUCUAAUCCUGCACAACCUAUCCCGUCCAAUCCUGCAGAGUCGACCCCGUUCAAUCCUGACGCGACUCAUGAUCCAGUGCUCCCGAAUGUUAAAUCGGCCUCCGGGACGUGGAAGCAACUCCCAGAGGAUCAUCCGCUCGUCUUACAUCGACGUGAAUCCAUCAAGAUUAUUGCCAACUCCUCGUUGAAUUGGGCACCCGCCUGGUUGUGCAACCUAGACUCCGAGCCAGGAUGGUUUUACGAAUCCACAGACACGUUGAAUGAUCUCGACUUCAAGACUGUCGUUUCCACGGUGCUAACCAACAAGAGAGUGGCUAUUAUCGGCGAUUCUUUGAAUUGGCAGUUUGGCAUGGAGUUUGUAGCCAGGUUGUUUGCCGAGGGCUUUCAGGGCGACCGCUUCCCAGGCCCCGUUCGAGGCUCCUUUUACUUUCCCAGUCUGAAUUUCACGCUUUUCAGUGCCACAUAUCCGUUUCUGGUGGAGUACAAGGGAAGCAAGCCUACUCCAGAGCUCAACUAUACCCAACCAUCGAAGCAACUCACGUUUGUCCUCGAGAAUUCCGACUAUCUUGUGGCCAAUAUUGGCUACUGGCUUCAGUCGAACAAUUUCAAAGUCCCUGGAGUUCUGUGGUCUGACGCUUACGAAAAAGUUGUCAACUCUGUUGUCGAUACAAUGUCGCGACGUCUCGACGCUCAUGCCAAGCCACGGUGCUUGUUCCGUGCUACAGCCCCACGACACCAUACAAAUGGUGAUUGGAACACGGGUGGCACAUGCUUGGAUACAGUACCAAUGCAGAACGCAACGUACUCUAGUUUCGUUGGAGGCAUGGACAACUUUGUGCAAAAUCGAAUUCUUCGGCAGGCACUGGUCAAAGAUCCCCGGAUUACCUUGUUUGACAUUGUUCCUCCCACCAUUGUGCGAAAUGAUGCUCAUGAUGGCGACUGUGUGCACUUUUGCCUUCCCGGGGGCCCCAUCGAUGUUUGGAUCGACAUGCUUCUUCGACUCAUGUGGGACGAGCGGCAGUCUUGACAGUUGUUGGUGCCGUGGUAUUGACGUG